GCUCAGUCCUGCAAGAGAAGAGUAACCCAGCGCUUUCCAGGGUACAGAUGAAGGCGGGGUUGCCACAAAAGGAGGGAGAAGAGGGGGACCUGGAAGAACUUUGUGCUAUCAACGCUUAUAUUCGUAAAAGAGACCUUUUGAUCCACGCACUGGCAUGCUCACCAAGCACUCCUGUCUUUCUUCAGGACUCUUGUCUUUGGGGCGCGACAUAAAUCGAGGUGCAAGAAGAGAGGCAAAUCUUCAGAUACCUACAGGGUUAAUUUAUUCAAAAAAAAGAAAUACUCAACAUGCAAAAGUCUUGUGAUGAGAAUGAAGGAACACCCCAGAAUACACCAAAGGCAGAUGAAGGCCAUCCUUCAGAAGACUCACCUCAGCAGGCAGGAGGAAAUCUUCAGGCUUUUGGAGAAAGUGUGGGGGAGGAUGCAGAGCCUGCUCAACCCGGCCCUGAACCUUUAGAGGACACUCCCACAAGGCAUCUGAACCCUGAUGAAGUGUUAAGAGGAGUGGAUGAGUUGGAAAGGCUUAGGGAAGAGAUAAGAAGAGUAAGAAACAAGUUUGUGAUGAUGCAUUGGAAACAAAGACAUUCCCGAAGCCGUCCAUAUCCUGUGUGCUUCAGGCCUUGAAAUCUUUUUUUUCUCUGAUGUUGAAAUCUGGCUGCUGCUUUCUUUCUCUUAGCAUUUUCUGAUGUAUCUUUGAACUUCAUUUUACUUUUAAUUACCUGGAGGUAUUUUAGAUAGUUUCGGUGUUACCAGCAUCUCAUUGGAUUUUGGAUUUUGACCCAUUUUCCACGUUUAUUUUUCAAUAAAAAGUUGGAAAGUUUCACCCGUA